CCUCUCUCUCUUUCGUCUGCACCAGAGUCAGACUGAAGAGGAGCGUUGAGGAAGAGGAGCUGAAACACUGACUGAGACGAAGAACUGGCAGAAAACAGAGCAGAAGGAGCAGAAGGAGAAAAGAGGAGCACAAAAUCAUCUGAAGGUCAGAGGUCACCUGUCCAUCAGUCUCAGCCAAUCAGGAGGCAGAUAGCAGAUCACAUGGGGCAUUGACAGACAGAAUCAGCAGCCAUGAGGGCGUCCAUUGGAGGAGCAACUGGAAGUGUGAACCUCCUGGACUUCCUGUUGGGUGUGUUCCUGAUCCAUCCUGAAGGUGGUGGGACUCUGGAGCUGCUACCCUCUUCCUCAGAAGUUGUCCUUCAAACACAUUCCAACUUCACAGUGGUGUGUUCAGGGUGGAGUCAGGUGAAGUGGCGUUUACCUCAGAACUCUGAUGGAGGUCAUGGGGUUCUGGUGGAGGAUGAGGGCUCCAGCAGCACCCUGCAGUUCAUUAACGUCACCUGGAGAAACUCUGGCAGGUAUACCUGUGAGGAGCCAUCUGCUGAUCAGACCAUGGCUGUGGAUGUCUUCAUACCUGGACAAGGUCCAGAACAAUGGUUUGUCUCACAGAGUACCUCCCAGGUGUACAAGCACACCGAGGAAGGUACCAUCCCCUGUGUGGUGUCUGACCCAAAGCUCAACGUCUCUCUGUACGAACGACCCAGCAGAACAGCAGUUGGUAGGGUGAGAUAUGACCCGGCUCUGGGCUUCACGGGUCAUCUGAACGACGCUGGACAUGUGUGUGUGGCCGUGAGCAGAGGCGAGGAGAAGGAGUCCCAGGUGUUCUAUGUCUUCACCCUCCUAGAUUCUAAAGGGAUGGAGGUGGAGCUCUCUGUGUCCAGCCAGGUCCUAAAGCAGGGGGAGGUUCUGACCGUAAACUGCUCCGUCAGAGAUGUGGACAUGGUGUUCUUCUCCUGGAACUUCCCCCGCAGACAGGAAAUAGAACCUCUGACAGACAUCCUUCCCAAUGAAAUUCGCUCAUUCAUUAACAUCUCCAUGGCAACAGUGCUAGACUCAGGUGUGUAUGUGUGUAAGGCUCAGGACUCGCAGCUAAGAUGGACUGUGAGGAAAAACAUCACACUAACUGUUCUGGACCGAGGAUAUGUCUACCUGUGGCCUUCAGGUGAGACCAACAUUUCAUCUCUCGUUAACCACACUGUGGAGCUGAAGGUAGAGGUUGAUGCCCACCCCUUCCCUACCCUUGCUUGGUCCAGAACGAACCAGACUAUCAGCAUGGAAAGCAGUUCCAUCAAAACUUCUCUGCUGAUGAGCCACAGGUAUGUGAGCACCCUAACGCUGCAUCAGGUGCAGUUGGAUCAGACAGGAACUUACAUGGCAACUGCAUUCAACGAGGAUGACAAUGAGGAGGUCUUGUUCUACCUACAGGUCACAGCCCCCCCGAGGAUUUUGUCUCUGUCAGAAGUUGACAAGAAUGCCAUCCUGUGUGUCAUUGAAGGAGUUCCGACCCCAACUGUUACGUGGUACACCUGUCCGAGUUCAAUCAGUUGCAGUAAUCUGAGUCAUGGCUGGAGGAGCCAAUUAGGGGCAUCGGGACAGAAUGUCACCACCGCAACAGAAGAAGGCGUUACCCUGGUACGAAGUGUGUUGACUCUGAAAGCUCUGAGCUCCGUGUCGGCUGUUCGCUGCGAAGCUACGAACUCAGCAGGAGGACUGGCCCAAGAUCUGCGAGUCCUCACAAACUCCCUCCUUUCCCAGGUUGUAGUCUUGGUGGCAGUUCUGGUUCUGGUCAUUAUAGCUGCAAUCUUCUUCAUCAUCCUCAUUGCUCUCUCGAGAAACAAACCUCAUUACGAAGCUCGCUGGAAGCUGAUCGAGUCUAUAAGUUCUGAUGGACAGCAGUGCACCUACAUGGACCCUGAAAACCUGCCCUACAGCUCAGCCUGGGAAAUACCCAGGGACCGUGUGAUACUAGGUCACGUCUUGGAUUCUGGUCCAUUUGGACGUGUUGUUGAGGCAACAGUUUCUCAUCUGACUGAUUCUAACUUACCAACAAAAGUUGCAGUGAAGAUGGUGAAAUCUAAAAGGGAUACAGCUCAGUCUCUGAUGUCCGAGUUAAAGGUUCUAGCUUAUCUGGGUCCUCAUCUGAACAUUGUCAACCUGCUGGGAGUAUGCACCAGACCAGGUCCAGUUUACCUGAUCACUGAGUUCUGUCGUCAUGGAGACUUGCAGAGCUACCUGCAGGGGAAAAAAGCCCCAUUUGGACAGGUGGACAUGCCCGGGAGAAGUAACAGUGAUGGAGGUUAUAUGGACAUGAACAAGGACGACAGUGGAUGUUAUGUCGCUCCGAAGGAGCUCGGAGACGCCCAGCCUGCCGUGCAUGAGACAGUGCAUGCCCUUACAGACCACCAGGCGGCGACAUCGCUUCUCUUUAGUGACUCCCCCCUCCUAACCCUCAAAGACCUGGUCAGCUUCUCCUUCCAGAUUGCUCAGGCCAUGGACUUCCUGUCCUCCAGGAAGUGUGUCCACAGGGACCUGGCAGCCAGGAAUGUUCUUGUCUGUGAUGGAAAGCUGCUGAAGAUCUGUGACUUUGGUUUGGCCAGAAACCUUCAGAAGAGUCAGGAUUACAUCAUCAGGGGAAACAGCUUCCUGCCGCUGAAGUGGAUGUCUCCAGAGAGCAUCUUUCAGAACAUCUACAGUUCUGAGAGCGAUGUCUGGUCCUACGGAGUCGUACUGUGGGAAAUCUUCUCUCUGGGCUGCAGCCCAUACCCCGACCUCCAGACAACCCGACAGUUUGGUUCUGCUCUGAAGAGAGGACACAGAAUGGACCGACCGGAACAUGCUCCCUCUGACUUGUAUGAUGUGAUGAAACAGUGCUGGGAUGAAGAUCCUCUGUCCAGACCAUCGUUCUCCUCAUUGGUCACUACUGUGGGCAGCAUGUUGAGUGCUGAAUACAGACAGAAUUACCUGCAGUUGACUGAAGACUUCCUAAAAGGAGAAAACCCAGCUGUUGUUCAGUCCACACGGAGUUUAUCCAGAAGAGCAGAAGAUGAGAUGGAUGGACGGAAGAAAAACACAACAGGAAGUCCUGCCUCAGAAAUUGAGGUUCACCUGUUGGAGGCCGAUCUAGAGGAGUCGGGCCCCUCCCACAGCACUUACAUCAUCCCUGUCUCUGAUGUCACCAUAGAAACCAGCACUGCGCCGGACGCAGUCAGCUUACAGCUGUCAGGUCCUGCCACCAUCCCAGAGUCAAAGGAAGUGGCAUCAUCACCAGAAGCUGCAGAGCCUCCUACUCCAUCCUGCAGCCAUGAGGAAGAGGAGGAGAGCUGCCUGUGAAGGUGUCACCUCACAGACUGGAGAUUGUGAUUGCCUGCUGCAGCUGGAAUAAUCUGACAGUGUGUGUGUGCCCUCAGUACAGACUGCAAGGCUGCAGAGGAACUGUCAUAUAUGUAGAAACUGUGUUUUACAGCUCAGAAAUGAAGCUCUGCAUGUUUGCAUUCUGUAGGCAGGUCUGUUUAACAGAUCCUGGUUAGAUUUAUCAUCAGUAAUAUCCACCAUGUAGCUAUGCAUCAGUUUGUAUCUGUUUUUGACUCGGAUCAGAACCAAACGCCUAAAUAAAAUAUAUCCAGCAGCUUCUCAAAGUCUCA